AGUCCCAGUGCAGGGCCGAGAAAGGGCUGCGAGGAGUGCGCAGUGGAGACCUUUGGUUCCUGCCACCUGCACUUGCACUGUCCAACUUGCAGUUGCACUACGGGGGUGGAACGCUCUAGACGCGCUUGAGUGGAGAGAGCAACCCAGGGACCAGAGGUGGGAUGGAGCCUGGCUGGAUCCACGUGUUCCACAGAAGUGCGGGUCUGGCCGCAAGGAGUGGCCCGGGCUGGGACUCUUGUGCCGAGUUCGAACCUGGGACACGGCGCUUCCAGCCUGGGACCCGACAGUCCCGGAGAGUGUCCCCUAAAUUGGGCAACUGGGGACUGGAGUACAAGAAAGGUCUCUUUUUUUCUCAGCGCCUCGGUUUCUCUGUAAUAUGCAAGGAAACACACUUGGGCCAUCUCUCAGGUCGCCAAGUUGCGAUGGGACACAGAGCCACCCCGGUCCCCGGUCCCCGGGUAGGGGCUGUCCCGGGACGGCGGGGGAGAGUCUGCCGCGCGGGGACGCUCUCGCGGCGCCGCUCCGACCGGGAUUGCCCCGCCGCCCCGCCCUGGUGUGAUAACUUGGGCUCCUCCCCCUCGUCGUCCUCCUCCCCCUACGGGUCAUAUCUCCGGGAACGGAGCGCAAGCCCUGCCUCCCGGACACACGACGCUCACGUAGUCCGGUGGUGGCGGCCUCUCCUGCCACCUCCCUGCGGACUCUCCGAUGCAGCGAAUCAGCUGGGAAGGGGGCUUCCCCGCGGUCCAAAAGGGUUCUAGCCUGUUCCUCUAACCCAAUGAUGGCUGUGGACAUAGAGUGCAGGUACAGCUGCAUGGCCCCUUCCUUGCGCAGAGAGAGGUUCGCCUUCAAGACUUCGCCAAAGCCAAGCAAACCACUGAGGCCUUGCAUUCAGCUGAGCAGCAAGGAUGAAGCCGGCGGAGUGGUGGCCCCCACCGUGCAGGAGAAAAAGGUGAAAAAGCGGGUGUCCUUCGCAGACAACCAAGGGCUGGCCCUGACAAUGGUCAAAGUGUUCUCGGAAUUCGAUGACCCGUUAGAUAUUCCGUUUAACAUCACUGAGCUCCUAGACAACAUUGUGAGUCUGACGACAGCAGAGAGCGAGAGCUUUGUUCUGGAUUUUUCACAGCCUUCCGCAGAUUACUUAGACUUUAGAAAUCGGCUUCAGACCGACCACGUAUGCCUUGAAAACUGUGUGCUGAAAGACAGAGCGAUUGCUGGCACAGUGAAAGUGCAGAACCUGGCGUUUGAGAAGACGGUGAAAAUACGGAUGACAUUUGACACUUGGAAAAGCUUCACAGACUUUCCCUGUUGGUAUGUGAAGGACACUUACGCUGGUUCAGACAGGGACACGUUCUCCUUUGACAUUAGCUUACCUGAGAAGGUUCAGUCUUACGAGAGAAUAGAGUUUGCUGUGUGCUUUGAGUGCCGCGGACAGACUUACUGGGACAGCAACAAAGGCAAAAACUAUAGGAUCAUCCGGGCUGAACUGAAGUCCUCUCAGGGAACAGCUGAGCCACAGAACGGACCAGAUUUUGGAAUAUCCUUUGACCAGUUUGGAAGCCCUCGGUGUUCCUACGGUCUGUUUCCAGAGUGGCCUAGUUAUUUAGGAUACGAAAAGCUAGGGCCCUACUACUAGUGACUGUGCGUGACAGAGCGUGGCUGAGUGGGUCCAGGGAAGUCUAGCUGCAGUCACAGGCAGGCGGAGACGGAGCCAGAGAGCAGCUGAACUGCCAUUAGGCACAGUUUUUGAAAAAGAAAGGAUCCUACUCACUUUUUUCUGAAGCCAGCAAAACCCAGCCAGGGUUAGAUCUCACAACUGGUUUCGCACGCCAGGGUAGAUGCGGGGUGCUGGUCUGCUCGGCACCUGCGGCGGCCUCAAGGGUCGGAGCAGGAGACCAGUGCGGGAAGGGCCUGGGCGGGAACCAGCCUUGAGGGCAGUGCUGGAGAAGCUGGAGGGCAGUGGCUUUGAAAUGAUGUAACCAGGAUCGUGAUCCGGCUGCCUGGAGGGGCCGCGCCUCCCUCCCCGGGAUGUGGAAAAUCAGUCACCUGAAAGUCACUCCAUGCCCAGUCACCUCCCAUUGGACCCUUGCGGCUCAUCUUUGUGCCCUGUCUGCCCAGCCGGGUCGCCCCCCCCCCACCCCCCACCCCUUGCUGCUGCUGUUCCGGGUCUCCACGUACUUCACGCUUUAUCUCUGUGCUCUUUUUUUUUUUUUUGCAUUUUAUUUUCGUCCACAGCUCAUCUGAUGCAGAGGAAAAGAUAAGCAAGGCAAAUUAGCCUGUGCCGAAGACAGGCAUUUCCUCUUUCUGACCCCACAGAGCGUCCAGCAGAGAACGAUGCCCCAGUUAGCAAAAGUAACCGGCCCCAGUGCUGGGUUACAGACUGUGACAGGCAGGACAGUCUGGGCGGGACGCGGGUAGCAUGUCCGCUUGGCGUUUGGGGGAGCUUUCGAAGUACUCGCUCCUGAGUCACCAGACGGCUCCGUUACAGGAUUUGUUUGAACUCGCUCGCCGGUUUGCAGGCACCCCAUUCUUCACAAAGGGAUUUGAGACUCUCCUUUCCUCGAGAGCCCUCCUUCCUGCCGUGUUCAGGACAUUGUAAUUUGCAGAUCCCAUCUAUCCUCAAAGCCUUCAGUGAGUGUUUGGUCUAAUGCUGACCGUGAUCUGCGACACCCAGGCCUCUUUCUGAGCACGCAGGGACUGUGACCCGGGGCUUCUUAUUUAUGGAGUGCAAGUGCAUAAAGGGAUCAGGGAGAAAAACCUCACCAAGUUCUCAUAUUUUAUUUUCCAUGUUUGGCGACUCUGAAAUAUCAGAGGUUACUUGUUCUUAACCAUAUUGGACUAAUGCAUUAAAAGUUGUCGGUUCAUACUGAUGUGAGACUCCUGGGACUUUCAUUGACAGAUGGAUCCCCAGAGCCUGUGAGUUUUCUUGGGCAAGACUGGCUUGUACUUGGGGGUGUUUAAAAAAUAUUUUUACAUAUGUAUUUGAAGAAGGUUGGGAUUUUUUUUUCUGUUUUGCUUUUGUUUUUGGAGCUUAGUUAAAUGGCUGUCUCGUUUUCCUUUUGCCUGAUCUGCGUAAAGUGAGGCAGGAAGAGGGGUGCACAGCUGCCUGGACACGGAGGCACAGCUACUGGCAUCGGCAAGCGAGGAGUCGUCUUUGGCUUGCGUGUUCCAGACCGAUUAGAAAAAACCUCCUGGCUUCUGUGGCUUUGUCCAUUGGCGCCAGGCAGGUAUGGAGGGUCCAGGCUCCUAGAGUUUUGUGGUUGGGUUUUUUUUUUUGUUUUUUUCUUUCUGUUUUGAACUUUAACAUAUUUCGACUUUUUAAAUGUUCUUAAGCGGUGUGGUGGUUGAUGUUAGUUCUCGUUCCUAAAACUGGCUGUUACUAGUCUGCGACCUAGUGCUUUAUUGCUUAUGCCUCUCCCAGGUGGGUAGGACUCGGGGAUUGCGUAAUACAAUAUAUGGGACAGUCACAUUUUUGUCUUGUGCUGAACUUGGGCAGAACUGUGUUUUAUUCUAAGCAUAUCUUACAUCAGGCACACAGACGGCACUUUUGUUGUUACGGAUCUGGCGACCAGCAUGAUUGAUAGUGCAAAUCAAAGUCUAAUGGAAGCAAAACUGAUUUCAUAGAGGUCGGGAAUAUAUUUUGUUUUAAGAAGUCCUGGGCCACCUCCGUCCAGUCAAGAAAGGUACAGGGUGCACUGUCAUUUACAUGUUACCAGACUAAAGGGAACGAGAUCACUCUCUAUGCAAAAGAAAAAUGCCUCAGGUGGCUCCCGUUCGUUUUUUCAGUAAUGGUGAUCUUCAGACAUUCCGGGGUCAAAUUUGAAAUAUGGUAAUUCAGUGAUCAGUAUCUCUUAAAACAGCCAUAAACCCUCCCCCCACCAUUCUUUCCUGGCAGCUCACCCCAGCUUUGUUGCUGGGGGCACUGGUUGCAACCCCCCCCCCAGCCAGUACACCUGGGAUGCUCAGCCUCCCAGGCAAGUCGUCACCUGCUUGCAAAGACCCUCCCCUGGCGAGAGAAUGCAGUUCCCUGUCAGUCAUUUCGCUGAGCGAGGGGCCUCUGAACAGUUGCACUGUCUUUAUUCAGUCGUCAGUCCAUCUCCCUUUGGUCCAGUUCUGUCCCAGGAUAUCCACAGAUGGCCCCGGGACCUGCUUCAACAGAACCACUCCUUCUUUCAGAGCUCACC